AUGGAACUUGAUAUAAUCAGUCGUAAACUUCUUCUAGGUGGUAUUUAUAGACCCCCAGACUCUAACAAUCAGCAUUGGCUUCUUCUUGAACAGUGUAAUGGAAAAGUCAUCCAUUUAUCACCGAACCCUGAUAAUGCUACGGGAAAAUUUAAUCUGAUAGACAUCAAAGGUGACACUAGUGUCCGAAUUGACGAUUUAAGAGUCGUUGCAGGAGAUUCAAUGACUUAUCGAAACAACGAACUUGACGAUGAACUCAAGCCCUAUAGUAAAACAGAAAUUGUUAAGCGAGCAAAACGGAAACUUGGAACGCUUGGAUAUGAUUUGAUGAAAUACAACUGCGAACACUUUGCUACGGAGUGUAGAUAUGGACAGGCUAGAAGCAAACAGGUCGAGGCUAUUGAACAAAAAGCGUAUGACUGGAUCACGCCGCCUUUUUAUCGAGCUUGGCAAACAGGAGACGUGACUAAAUUUCUAGCACCACCCGUCAACCAGGUUAUUGACAAAGUUUUCUAUUCCCCACCUGGGGACCUGGUGACCUGGUGAAAUAAUAAAUAAUGCAUUUGCAUUAUAUAACAAAAAACAACAACAAUCCCUGUUUCAUAUUAAGGGUAUGAUUAAGUAGAUGAUGAAAGUAAAAAGUAAUGUCCAAUACAGUAUAUUAACACUAUUGUUUGCUCAAUUUUGAUAAAUUAUUUAAAAAUCACCAGGAAAUAAAAUACGUUAACGUAUUUACUUGUAUUAUGUUUAUCUUUAACUUGACCUAGAGUGUACGCCAAGAAAGGAAAAAUAAACGUUCACAUAACUUUGUUGGAUCCUAGCAAUUGUUCGAAUCUGGCAUUUUAUAAACAUGUAUUCAGAAUAUGCCUCUUGACUCUAUCUUCUUAUCUGGAAAUAAUGUAAUAAUUGUAAACAAAGGAGUUAUUAAAACAGACAAACACCAGUUAUUGUCAUUGUAUUACUCAUGUAGUAAUAGACAAAAAAUGUACGAGUAUUAUAGCGACAGCAAAUCGUUCUAAAGCCAUAAAAAUAUUAACGAAACGAGCAAGACGCCUUAUAAUUAUCACGCCUUAUCACGCCUGUACAUCUUGAACUAUAAGGUUCUCGUAAUAAGAAGUAAAUGAAAACGAGCUAAAUAUUGUGUAAUUAAUUUUCAACAAGCAUAUGUACGCUUGUACAAAAUAUUUUGAACAUCUAAUGAGAUUAUCUAAAACAUAUUGAAAAAUGUCUCUGUUAUGUUGUUACUGUAACUUGAAUAAUUAUAAACACAAACUAUUUAUCUUUAUCAAAAUUAAUACUUGAACGUUAUAGAAUUACUGUUUAUCUGUCUUAACAAACACAUAAAGAAGUCGUUUUGAAAUAUGACACUUAAAUCUAAUUAUAAACUAUAAUUUUAUCUAUCGUUGUAUUUACACCAGAUACUCUAUUUAAUUUUGCAAUUUAUUUUUUAACGUUUGCCAUUAGGGAAAAUAUUAUUAACCAUAUGAGAGUAAAGAUCAGUAAGAAAAAGAAAUGUUCAACAUCUAUAAGUGUAACACUGAGAAUUAGAGAUAGGUCCGUGUGCCUGUUUCUCAAAUCUUCUGUCUUGGAAAUUAUUAUGACUGUAUUUUUCAUUUCGUUAAAUUUGGUAGACGAUAACAUGGCCUUGUUAUGACAGGCAAUUAUUGAAUCAUAAUGACUUUCAUCUUGCGGAUAAAAGGUGGAAUAUCUAAUCUCAAAAGCACACCUUCCGGUGAAAAGUCAUUUACUUCUGCUCAAUUUUGAGUUGUAUUAGAUUUUUGUUAUCAGAGUACUCCAUUAUUUGACUUUAUACUACGGUGAGAUAAUGAUAUCAUAACUAAGCGAGUUUUCUUACUCGUUUUAAGAAUUAGUUUAACAGGAUUGCUUGCUAAACUUGUCAAUGUAAGGGAUCUUCAAAUCAAAACUAUUUACAUAGCCGUUCAAGUCCAGCUUGAAAUGUUCAAAGUCAUAGUUUCUUCCUUUAAAACUUUUUUUGUGUCAGAUUUUCAUAUGAUUGUAUAAUUGUAUUACAUUGAUGAUAGUCUCUGUAUUUGUCAUAAGACAAGUCAAAAUAUAACUAAAAAUUAUGUACUUGAAGUCAAUUUAUCGGAAUUUGUAUUUUGCAAUAUUGAUGAAGGAUUUUAAAGACCAAGAAAUUGAAAUAUUUUUUCUACUUUAUUCAAAUUAAUUCAAAUUUAUGCUACAAAUUAAUGACACAUCGUGUAACAGCACAAUUUAAAUCAGACUUUUUAAAAGUUUAACAAAUGCUAUGAAAUAACAUGCUAUAGUAUAACUUGUUUAUAGUGACACUAAUUUGGAUUUGUUAAUGAUGUCAUUUUCGGGACGUUGUCGUAUAUGGAUAGUUGUGAGUAUUGUACCAUUUGAAUAAAUUUUCAGAUGAAAGACUGAUAAGACAUAGAAUUAUCUUUAUGAACAUGAAUUUUAUAAUAAAUAUGAAAUAUGAUAUCUUGCAUGCACUAUUUCUAUAUUAAUUUAUUUCGUUUAUUUGUACUUGUUUUAAUAUUACAUUUUUCAGUCAGAUCAGUUUUUGCAUCACUGGUUCAACAAAUCUAUCUUCUCUAAUUUAAAUCCUUUUUAUCUGUUCUGAUAUAUUAUGAAUACUGUCAUAUGUUAUAAUCGAUUUCCGAGAAACACUUUCAUCACUACUAAAUCAAUUCCAUUUCUUUCCAUUAGAUUUUACACUUUCCGUGCUGUUCUUAUUAGACGGAUGAAUUGUGUUUGUGUCACUAAAGUGAAUUCUUUCUUUAUGAAGCUUGUUUUAUAUUUCAAAUAU